UUCCUGUCAGGGGAAGAACAGUCAGUCCAGUGCCACUGUCAUUGCUGCCUUUUUGACUGGGCUGCCCCCCUUCCUGGAGAGCAGGACCUCGUCCGAGGAAUAAACCAAUACAAUGGAUUGGGGUACCCUGCACACUUUCAUCGGGGGUGUGAACAAACACUCCACCAGCAUCGGGAAGGUGUGGAUCACCGUCAUCUUCAUCUUCCGUGUCAUGAUCCUCGUGGUGGCCGCUCAGGAAGUGUGGGGAGAUGAACAGGAAGACUUUGUGUGCAACACUCUGCAGCCAGGAUGCAGAAACGUGUGCUAUGACCACUUCUUCCCCGUGUCCCACAUCCGGCUGUGGGCCCUGCAGCUCAUCUUCGUCUCCACCCCUGCCCUGCUUGUGGCCAUGCACGUUGCCUACUACCGGCAGGAGGCCGCCCGCAAAUUCAGACGAGGAGAGAAGAGAAAUGAAUUCAAAGACUUGGAAGACAUUAAAAAGCAGAAGGUUCGGAUCGAGGGAGCCCUGUGGUGGACAUACACCAGCAGCAUAUUUUUCCGAAUCAUCUUCGAAGCCUCCUUCAUGUAUGUGUUUUACUUCCUAUACAAUGGGUACCACCUGCCCUGGGUGCUGAAAUGUGGGGUUGAUCCUUGCCCCAAUCUUGUUGACUGCUUCAUCUCCAGACCUACGGAGAAAACCGUGUUCACCAUUUUUAUGAUCUCUGCCUCGGUGAUUUGCAUGCUACUCAAUGUGGCCGAGUUGUGCUACCUGCUGCUGAAAGUGUGUUUCAGGAAAUCAAAAAGAGCCCAGACACAAAGAAACCACCCCAGUCAUGCCCUAAAGGAGAGUAAGCAAAAUGAAAUGAAUGAGCUGAUUUCAGAUAGUGGUCAAAAUGCAACCACUGGUUUUCCAAGUUAGACAUUUCAAAGUUCGAUGUAGCCAGCUCCUAACAAAACUGGUGUCUUCUCCUAAGGACCCUCUCUCUAGGCUAGAGACUUCGUGUUUAUAAAUGGCUUUCAUAAUACAUAGGUACUUGAGUUAAUGUUUUAUAGAAUAAUUGUGCCAUUAAUAUGCAACAUGAUCACAUAUGUGGUCCAUCUCUGAAAACUAAGACAGGUUGACAACCCUACCUUGAAGCUUCUUUCACAUGUCUGUUUUAGGUGGACCAUCUGACAUAGUGGGUAUUUCCUGAAACUUUAAGAUUGUAACUUUUGUUGAUAAUGUUAAUCUAGAAAUGGAUACUUUUAUUAGUAAAAGAUAUUUUUAUAGGAUUAAGUGUUUUAGUACUGACUUUGAAUUUAUAUAUUUUUAUAAUGACUAGUCUUCUUUACCUGGAAAAACAUGCAUUGCUAAUUUUAGAAUUAUACUUUAAGUAUUUAAAUUUUGAACUUACUGUAUCUUGUUGUAAAUCAUAUUUUGCAUUGUCUACUGACAAGUUUAUAAACUAGCAUGAUUCUCUGGAAAAUGUUCAUUGUACAAUAUAUUUUUACGGCUUUGUGAAUGUAGACAGAGCUGUAUGGAGGUCGGAAGCUUUUUAAAACUAGUCCAUUUGCAGUAGUUGUGAACAGCUCCCCUCAAUAAAGAUGAACCCCACUGCUUAAGCGUU